AUGGUCGAACAAUGUGUUAUAAUAGCGCAACUUGAGAUCCCAGAACCCGAAGUGCAAAAGGCCGUGCUAGCAACCCUUAGGUGUCCGCCAAUCUUGCCUCAAGCAAAUACUGAGGCCAAAAUCGCGCGACUCAAGGGCCCCGAUCGUGAGGUACAAAUGGCCGCACUGAUGGCCCUGAAAAACCAAUCAGAGUUGCUUCAGGAAACAGUUGAUUUCGUUGUUGAGUUGCUAUCUCAGAAUUUCAGGGAAGGGCAGACAACCGCUCUAAAUCUCUUACAAAACCAAAAGGUGCUAACAAAAGCAACAGUUGAUAAGAUCACCAGGUAUCUUCAUGACCCAGAUGAAUGUUUACGGGGAGAGGCCGUGAAAGCCUUGGGCGCUCACUCACCACUCCCUAAGUCGGUUCUUGACACUAUUUCCGAUCUACUCAAGGAUAAGAAUGCUUCUGUCCGAAGUGCGGCUGAAGGUGUCUUAAAGCAGCCAGUCUUGCCUAAGGUCCUCAUUCAUGCUAUUAUACAGCGGAUUGAAGAUACAGCAGAGAGCAGCUAUCAGGCCAUCACAAGCAUUUUAGAGAGUAAAACAGAUCCAGCUCAAACGACGGUUCACAUUCUUAAUCAACGGCUUAAAGACGCAUCAACAGACUUCUCAGAGGCCUCUCUCAUCACCCUCACAAGUCAGAAAACAUUGCCUAAGUCUGUGAUCAACUCCAUCGCCAGAGAGCAUAGAGCUGCAGAACCUGCUGUACGGAAUGCCGCCCCAGACUUAUUGAAAAUGCAGUAUGGAUUACUUCCAGCAGCUGCGGAUGCUAUUACUGAGCUGCUCAAGAAUCCGGACAAUAAUAAGCAAAAGGCAGCUUUAGAGGCCUUCAAUCAUCAGUACCGGUCAGCACAGCCAUCAGAAACGAUCAGGACUGUUACAGAGCGGCUGGAGAGUCCCGAUAAGGGUAUACAUGCCUCUACACUUGAGAUCUUGGCAAAUCAGUUCGUGUUAUCUCAAGAAGCCGUUACUGCCAUUAUCAAACAGCUUAAGCAAACCGAAGGCUAUGAUCAAGAGAAGCUCUAUACAGCUUUUAAGCAACAGCCAGCGUCUGUGAAAGUAGCUAUAGGCAUGCUUGCUGACCUUACGUAUACUGAUAAGGGUACUGCUACUGGUCUCGGGGCUACCGCGCGUCCGACAGAUCGAACUUUAAAAUGCCUAUACGAGACAAUGAUUCAUCGAGGCUUUAAAGAAUCACUAAGUCUUCAUAUUCGCGACAAUACGGUCUGGGCCGAUGACGGGAGCGGUCAGAAAAGUUUUAAUCUCGGUGCGAAUGUUGAUCGUUUCAGAAGCUCUAUUAUAACUUCUCGGCCAGACGGUUAUCCCUUAUCUACUACAGAUUAA